AACAUUAUGACAACGUACUGACUAAAAAUAGAAUUUAUAGUUCAAAGUGUAUGGCAUCAUAAAUACAUAAAUAUGAAAGUAAUUGAUUGCUUCUGAAAUCCAAAAGCAACAUGAAGAAACAGAUAGCAAUUAUAGGAGCAGGUGUGAGUGGACUUCUUGCCUGCAAAUACACACUCUCAAAGGGCUUACAACCCAUUGUUUUUGAAGCAAAAAGCAGUCUCGGAGGAGUGUGGACUAAAACUGUUGAGACCACAAAGCUCCAAACUCCAAAACCACUGUAUCAGUUUUCAGAUUUUCCAUGGCCGGAUUCAGUAACAGAAGCCUUCCCUGACCAAUCUCAAGUCUUCGAUUAUCUUCAAUCCUAUGCAAGCCAUUUUGAUUUGCUUAGGCACAUAAAGUUCAAUGCUAAAGUUAUCGGCAUCAGCUACGAAGGCCCGUCCGAUGAAGAGAUGGAGUCAUGGAGUUUGUGGGGUGGAAAUGGCGAGGCCUUCAGCUCGAGAGGGAAAUGGAAAGUUGAAGUACAAGAUACUCAAACCCUUUCCAGCGAGAUAUACCAAGUGGAGUUUGCGAUCCUCUGUGUGGGGAGGUUCAGCGAUGUUCCAAAUGUACCAGAAUUUCCCAUUGGGAAGGGCCCAGAAGCAUUUCAUGGAGAAGUGAUACACGCCAUGGACUAUACGAACAUGGAUUAUGAAACUGCACGUAACUUUCUAAAAGGGAAGCGAGUGGCAGUCGUUGGGUUCCAGAAGUUUGCACUGGACAUUGCCAUGGAGUGUUCUGCAGUAAAUGGGAUCGAACAUCCAUGCAGAGUUUUAUACAAGACUGCGCAUUGGAAUCUUCCGGACUACCUUCCAUGGGGAGUUCCUUUAACCUAUCUUUAUCUUAACCGACUUGCAGAGCUCCUACUUCAUAAGCCUGGUGAAGGUUUUCUGUUCAGCCUCUUGGCAACAAUUCUUACUCCUUUGAGAUGGGCAUUCUCUAAAUUUGUUGAGAGCCAUGUCAAGCAUAAGUUUCCACUGAAAAAAUUUGGGAUGGUACCGAAACACAGUUUUCUUCAAGAACUGAAUUCUUGUCUGAUCGCAACAGUACCAGAAAAAUUUUAUGAUAAAGUUGAAGAAGGAAGCAUAAUCCUGACAAAAGCUCCAAGCUUUAGCUUCACCAAAGUUGGCAUUAUCAUUGAUGGUCAUAACCAACCUCUAGAAACUGAUCUGGUGAUAUUAGCUACAGGAUUUAAAGGUGAAAAGAAGCUCAAAGAUAUUUUUGUCUCCAAAACCUUUCAAGAAUGCUUUGUUGGGUCUCCUAAUGCAGCACUUCCCCUUUACAGAGAAUGCAUUAACCCACGAAUUCCCCAGCUAGCAGUAAUUGGAUUUUCAGAAAGUAUUUCGAAUUUGUACACUUCGGAGAUAAGAUGUCGAUGGCUAGCAGAGCUUCUUGAUGGAAGAUUCAAGAUACCUAGCAUAAAAGAGAUGGAAAAGGAUGUUGAAAAAUGGGACAAAUUUAAGAAGAGAUAUGCAGGACCGUAUUACAAGAGAUCAUGCAUCGGUGGUCUUCAUAUUUGGUACAAUGAUCAACUCUGCAAAGACAUGGGAUGGAACUCCAGGAGAAAGAAAGGAUUUCUUGCUGAGUUGUUCGAGCCUUAUGGACCCAUGGAUUAUGUUUCUCCUUGAAACAAUCGUUGGCGAUUUCAUAUUCUCUUCCAUCUCCUUCAAUUUGCUUUUCUGUAGAAUUCUUAUGUUGUGUUUUGGUUUCAAGAUUUGGACAAUGAAUUUGGUUUUGUAAUAAAUAUUUUAGCACAGUUUUAAGCUUAUAUCUUGAAAGCUAAACUUUUCAGGAUAAAGGGUCAUCAUAAUGAUCAGAUACGAUAUCUUUACCAAGUUUUUGGCUGCUUCGUUUUUUCAGUUUUUGUAAGACAAACUAUGGUUGGUUUGAUGCUUCCAGAUCCAGCCUUGAAUAUCGUUUUCCACCCACUUCUGUUGUGCUGAUACUUAAUUUUAUCUAAGGAAUGAAGGAUCUCCAUUUGGAGUAAAGUUUCAUACUA